AUGAAUUUUUUUCCAGAUGAGGUAAUUGAGCACAUAUUUGACUAUGUGACUUCACAAAGGGACAGGAAUGACUUGUCUCUGGUGUGCAAGAACUGGCACAGGUUAGAGAGAUGCAGUAGGAAGAGUUUGUUCAUAGGGAACUGUUACUCCAUAAGUCCUGAGAGAGUGAUAGAGAGGUUCCCUGAGCUAAAGUCCUUAACUUUAAAGGGUAAGCCUCAUUUUGCAGAUUUUAAUUUGGUUCCUCAUGGUUGGGGUGGUUUUGUGUCUCCUUGGAUUGAAGCAAUGGUGAAGAGCAGGGUUGAUUUGGAGGAGCUGAGGCUGAAGAGGAUGGUGGUCACGGAUAAGAGCCUGGAGCUACUUUCGCGUUCUUUCAUGAAUUUCAAGUCUUUGGUUCUUGUUAGUUGUGAAGGGUUCACCACCGAUGGACUUGCAGCUAUAGCUGCAAAUUGUAGGUUCCUUAAGGAGCUGGAUUUGCAGGAAAAUGAAGUUGAUGACCACAGAGGCCAGUGGCUAAGCUGCUUUCCUGAUUGCUGUACAUCACUUGUUUCUCUUAAUUUUGCUUGCCUUAAAGGACAGAUUAAUCUGGGGGCUCUUGAGAGACUUGUGGCGAGAUCUCCUAACCUUAAAAGCUUAAGGUUAAAUCAUACCGUGCCCCUCAAUGCACUCCAAAGGAUAUUGAGGCGAGCACCUCAAAUAGUGGACUUGGGUAUUGGGUCAUUUAUCCCUGAUCCAAAUUCAAAUGUCUUCAUUAAGCUAAUGAACACCAUUAUAGAGUGCAAGUCAAUAACCAGUUUGUCAGGGUUUUUUGAGGUUACUCCUCGAUGCCUUCCAGCUAUAUAUCCUGUUUGUAUGAACUUGACAGCUAUGAACCUUAGCUAUGCAGCAGGGAUUCAGAGCAGAGAGCUAAUAAAACUAAUUUGCCGCUGUGGGAAACUUCAGCGAUUAUGGAUAAUGGAUUGCAUUGGAGACUUUGGACUACAUGUUGUGGCUUCCACAUGUAAAGAUUUGCAAGAACUAAGGGUUUUUCCGUCUGUUCGUGUUGGUAGAAAUGACCCUGCAGGAGUCACAGAGAAAGGACUUGUUGCAAUCUCUAUGGGUUGCCCUAAGCUUCACUCAUUGCUCUACUUCUGCCAGCAGAUGACAAAUGCCGCCCUCAUAACUGUGGCUAAAAACUGCCCAAAUUUUAUCCGCUUUAGGUUGUGUAUCCUUGACCCAACAAAACCUGACCCUGAUACAGUGCAGCCACUCGACGAAGGUUUUGGCGCAAUUGUGCAGUCUUGCAAGCAACUUCGGCGGUUGUCACUCUCCGGCCAGCUGACUGAUCAAGUUUUCCUUUACAUUGGGGUGUAUGCUGAGCAGCUUGAGAUGCUGUCUAUUGCAUUUGCUGGAGAAAGUGACAAGGCUAUGCUCUAUGUGCUGAAUGGAUGCAAGAAACUUCGCAAACUUGAGAUAAGAGAUAGCCCUUUUGGUGACUCCGCGCUUCUCAUGGACGUAGGGAAGUAUGAAACGAUGCGAUCCCUUUGGAUGUCAUCCUGCGAUGUCACCAUUGGAGCCUGCAAGGCACUUGCCAAGAAGAUGCCAGGACUAAAUGUGGAGAUCUUUAAUGGAAACGAAAAGGUAGAUCGUGAUGUGGACGAUGGCCAGAAAGUAGAGAAGACGUAUUUGUAUAGAACACUGGUUGGGAGAAGGAAAGACGCACCAGAACAUGUAUGGACUCUGUAGGUGUGCAUUUUGGCUAUUUAAGUUCUUGUUAUUAAGCUGUUUCACUAGACUGGUCUUACUUACUGAUUAAUGGAACUUUGGUCAAGGUCAGUGAUAAACCAAUCAACUCAACAAACAUCUGUUCAAAUUUAAUCUGGUAUACAGUUAAUGUGUGGUUUGGCUACCAAUUUCUCA